AUGACUGCAGCAGCUCUCUCUUUAGAGAUUUCAUUGGACAUGGCUUUGGUGAUUGGUGGUUCGUCCGGCCAGAACACCUGUUACGAGCGGACGGGGGUCAGUCCGGAGAGCCAGUACGACGCCAGGUUGUAUCCGCGACUACCGUCCUACACCACCUCCUACCAGGCUGACCCCAACCUCGACCCAACGACGACCUUCUACGCCCCCGCUCUAAAUUCAAGUUAUGGUAUGAAAGAGAGUCCCGAUCCUUGGAGGAGCAUCUCAUCUUCAGCAUCCUAUUACUACGACCCCACACUAGCUGCUUACGGGUACGGCGGUCUGGACUUCAAUGGAGCUCGGCGAAAGAACGUGACCCGGGACUCCACCAGCACCCUGAAAGCCUGGCUAAAUGAGCACAGGAAGAACCCUUAUCCCACCAAGGGAGAGAAGAUCAUGCUGGCCAUCAUCACCAAGAUGACGCUCACGCAGGUCUCAACUUGGUUCGCGAACGCCCGUCGCCGCCUGAAAAAGGAGAACAAGAUGACGUGGGAGCCGCGCAACAAAGCCGAAUCCCACGACGACGACUCGGGCAAGGAGAGGGACACUGACAAAGAGCCCGACGCCGAACAGCCCGCCGCGGGAUUCCGGGAGGAGAGUUGCGGCGAGAAGGCGGACCCUCUCCGGGGGAUGCAGGGGUCCGCUUCUUCCUUGGCCGACGGAUCAGGCAAGUACACCACUUCAUCCUAUGUACUCCAAUUCAUCCCUUUGUAG